UCAUCCGCCAUAUCCCUUCCUUCUCAGACUUCGGAGUCGGAUUCGCCGGACGUUAAUUCCCUGUCGCAAUGUAGCGGCGCUGUAGAUGACGUCAGUGAAAUUGCGAUAACACCUUGCGGAAUCACUGCCUCGUUGACGGAUGAAAAGUCAUCCGAUAAUCGGCGUUCUUCGGAGGUCAGUCGGCUUCCGAACGCUACUCGUAGAUCGGAAUCGAAUCGUUCCCAAAUCUCCGUUAGGGAUGAGGAGAAAUCAACGAAGAGAGAAGAAUCGCAGCCGCGAACAGGGUCAACUGACGGCACGUCGAUCGUUGACCAGACUCCGGUUUCACCGGGUAGCAAGACUUCGGCUGCUCUCGCUUCGGAAACGUCGAAGGAAAAUGUUUCCGAUGACGAGAAGGAUGAAAAAUCAAACGACGGCGUCGACGAAGAUGAAGCGGCUGAUCAGACUUCCGAAGUAUUCGAGGUAGACCGUUUCCGAGUCACCCGAUCACACCAGUCUUCUAUUUCAACCGAAUCUUUGGCCCGCUUCAGGGCUACGGCGCGGGGCGAGCCGACGAGGAGGAAGAGGAGAAUAUCGCGGAUAUGGAAACGUACGAGCCGAUAGGACUGGAUACCCUCCUCGAAGGGAUCUGCGAGUGCCUCGAACCCGGCGAAGAAAAAUCACCCGGAACUCCACCUCCUCCCGAUCCCGUCGAAGAGUUCAUCGAGCGAAUGCACGAGGCUUUUCCACCCCCCUUCGUUGCACCAGUUGUUCCGGGAAUAGGACCGUUCGUUCCCGAUGACCACGUCACGGCUGUUUGCCUCUGGCUAACAGACUGCGCUAGACGUCAAAGCGGCCUCGUAGGGCCCAGAAAUAUCAGACAUUUUCUCUGUCCCUCGCUGGAGGAACGUUCGAUGUACGAAGAAGCGGAGAAAACAAUGUUCAAGUGCGUUUGAAGUACGGGAAGAAGAAACCGGGACCGUACCGCGCUCUCUUUAAUGUUUGCCCGUCGGUUUUUUUGAACGUAAAAGUAGAAAAUUAUCGGAAUCAACGAAAUUUACGCCAUAAAAGCUCGAAAGUUGAAAGUAUUCAGAGCGGGUACAUUACGCAGGAGUAACUUGUGCGCUUGAGUGUCGUAGCAGUUGUUCAGCGAAAAUGUAACUCGGUAACUGAGAUCGGGGUGCGUUAACGUCGUUUUCUGAUCUUUGAAAGCCCUUUAAAUUUAGGCACUUGACCGACGUUUUACGUCGAGAGGUGUAAACGCCAUUUAGAAAGGGAUUGAAGCCUGGCGGCUAAUAAUAACCGACGUCUCGCAAAGCUUACCGCGUA